AUGUGACGGCGUUAAGGAGAAUAAUAGGUCUGUCUAUUCAUUUUAUUCGCGCUAACCAGUGAGGUGUACACAAACAUUAUAUGUUGUUCAAACACCUUGUAAAAUAUAUCAGAUUAUAACUGGAUGUUUGGUAACAUGGUUAAUCAAAUUAUGUUUUCUGUGUCGAUGUAUAACGGUAGUUAUUAACAUUAACAUGGUUAAUCAACGGAUGUUUUCUAAAAUGGAUUUAUAACGGCAAUUAUUUAUCAUUCUGAUUUCCUGGGAUUUUAAUAUGGCUUCUAAAUAUACCUGUUCUAUUUGUUUAAACAACUUUACUAAACCCAAGCUACUGCCAUGUUCUCAUACGUUUUGUCAACAAUGUAUAGAUGACUACAUCAAGGCUCAUGCUCAUUUGAACAGGUUUAACUGUCCUCUCUGUAGACAAGAAACAGAGGUGCCAUCAGGUGGCGCCAGUCAGUUUGUCAACAAUUUUUAUCUAGAAGACGAUGAUGAUGAUAAACAGUAUUGUACAAAACACAAGAAGAAAGAAAUAGAAGUUUAUUGUCGAGAUUGUCGUAAACCAUGUUGUUCUGUGUGUGUUAUGGUGGAUCAUGAAAAUCAUACGAAAGUUGAAUUAGAUAAAGUAGACCAGGAAAUGAGAAAAAUUGUCAUGAAACUAAAAACUGAAUCAGAAAAGAAGAUAAAACAGUUACAGAAACAUUCUGACUUUCUGAAGACCAAAAUAGCUGACACGAACAACUCAUGUAAGACAGCUUGUGAUCAAGUUCAGAAACAAAUAGACGAUAUUUGUGAAAAAGCCAGGAAGAUGGAAGGAACAAUUAAAAAUGACAUCAAUAAAAUUCGUGAAGAUGAAAACAGUAAACUAACCAAACUAGUAGAAGAUGAUGACAAGAUGACAUCUAAAAUGAAAGAAUGGUGUGAAUAUGCUGAUCGUAUAUUACAACAUAAAUCUAUAAUUACAGCCGUAGAUAAACAUGGAUUAACAGAUGUUCAAACCAAAACUGAUUACAACAUAUCGACAAAUUUACAGAAACCUGUAGUCAGACAUCCAUGUUAUUCUAUGGUUGAGGUUGAUGUAGACUGUUUAAAACGACUACUGGGUGAAGUAGAAACACCAACAACAUUUACCAGUAGUUUUAGUUUGAACCAGCUAGUGAAGCUACGUAAGGGCUACUCUAGUGAUGAUGUAAUAAUACAAGGAUUAUCAUGGUGUGUAGGUGUUUACCGUGAUACAUCAACAUUAUAUAUUGGCCUUAAAUUGAAGAAAGUAGAAGAUAAAACUAUUAAAGCUGUUAAAGCUAUUUAUACAUUAAAACUGUUAAAUAUCAAUGAUGAGAGUAAAUCACUAGUUGACCAAGGUAUAGAUACAUUUAUACCUAGUAAUUAUAUAUAUGCUGAUAUAUUAUCUAUAGACUGGGAUAAACUACAAGAUAUAAACAAUGGUUUUAUUGAUGAUGACAAGAUAUUUACUGUACAAACUACUGUUAAUAUAACUGAUGUAGAACGAUAGUGAAGACAUAUAAUAAACAAUAACAGUUAUAGUUAUAUAAUAAACAUUAGCCUACAUUCAUAAACAAUAAUAGGAUCAACUACAGAAUGUCAACAAACAUAAUUUUUGUAAGGUAUAUAUUAUCGACAUGUUCCCUCUAAAUUUUAGUAAUUAGUGAGCGCACACAUCACGUGGUAUGCAUAUUUCAUUUUGUGGCAACAAUACGUGGACAAUAUAUUUACAACUCUUUUUGUUUUUGUUGUGAUACGGCGAUAUCUGAGAUCUUGAAUUAUUUGUUCUGUGUGGCCUAAUUUUUUGCGCUUGGUUCAACACUUGUGUGUCAAUGGCCAGGGGGAACAAUGUACAUAACUAUAAGUGUCGUGUACAAGGUAGGAUAUACCUAGUCUGUCUAGAACAUUUAAAACCACUUCUCGUGGUGUAGACGUAGUAAAAUUAAUAAGCAAUAUACAAGUUCUACAUCUGACUAUUGGAGAUGUUUAUCUAGUUUUAAAUGUUAUUAAGCCUUUAUUCACAUGCUAACUCUCUAGUUCAUCAGAAGGCCGUGAUAUUGAAUGAAUUAGAACAAUCGCGCCAUUUGAUAAUUCAUCCUUUUAGUUUAAAUGGAUAAUCUAGACUUUGUUUGUUAUGGUAGCAACUUGACAAUCGAGACUAUCUAUUAAAAACUUCAAACACUCGUAACUCAUUUUUUAAAAAUGCAUUUUGAACCAUUGUAGCAAGAAUAGUCAGCUCUUUCUAUCAAUCUUAAAUAAAGCACCCUCACCCGGAUUACAUUGGUAUGUAAUUUAUCUAGAUCUAAUUGUUCAUAUUAAUUGUUUGUAUCAUAUAUUAAUAAAAUAUUUUAAUUUU